AGAGGAAAGAUCUAGAAAAGAAGAAGAAAAGUGUGGUUAGGGUUGAAAUAGAUUAAAGAUAAAAGUUUUUUUGAUUUUUACAACUUUUAGGAAAAAUGGCUUUAACCCCUAUUACUAAAACUUUUAUGUUAUUAGGACAAUGCGUUCCUUGUUUAAAACACGGUGCUUCGAAGUUCAAAGUAAAAAGACUGGAAUUAGACACAAAUUUGCUAAUGUAUUUUUCCAAACACGAAUUUGUUUACGCACACGAUCCAGAUAAAAAAUGCAAGACAGGUGACCUUGUACUCAUCGAAAAACUACCAGAGAAAAUGACGAGGUUAAUAACACACAAAGUGAAAAAAGUUAUAUAUCCCUUGGGAGAUAUUACAGAUCCAAUAAGUGGUAGAAAAUGCGUAGUAGGUAAAUUCAGAGAUGAUAUUGAUGCUGUGAAUAGGGUUUAUGGAAUAACAGAAAAUGCUUUCAACUAUGAUAAAGCUCCACCUAGAGGUUGGCAAGAAGGAAAGAAAGAUUUUACUCAUCUCGAAACGUAUAUCAAGUAUCAUGAAUCUGGUGAAGAUGAUCCUCGUGCUGUCUGAGAAUAUUUUCAGAUAUUAGAUUUAUAUGUAGUUUAAAUAAAAUAAUUUAAUGGAA